UAAAGUUUCCCAAAGUGUACAUUUCCAUGAAUUAGAAACAGGAUUGCAUAUCGUGGAGAAAGGUAUAAAUACUUCCAAUAUUCACGUCAAGCUGUGGACAAACAGACAUGAUGAAGUUUGUGGUGCUCGCUCUGCUUGCUGUUGGCGCUUAUGGGUGUGGGACACCCACGUUCCCACCCGUGGUGAGCCGAGUGGUUGGAGGAGAAGAUGUCAGGCCUAACAGCUGGCCGUGGCAGAUUUCUCUGCAGUACAACAGAGAGGGCGAGUGGAGGCACACCUGUGGAGGUACUCUGAUCUCUGAUCAGUGGGUCCUGACUGCUGCUCAUUGUAUCAGCAAAGGCAGGGAGUACAGAGUGGCCCUGGGAAAGCACAACCUGGUAGAAGAAGCAGAAGAGGGUUCUGUGUUCAUGGGCACCUCCAACAUCAUCGUCCAUGAGAAGUGGAGCUCACUCUUCAUUCGUAAUGACAUUGCCCUGAUCAAACUGGAGGCUCCUGUUGACUUCUCUGACACCAUCAUGGCUGCUUGCCUUCCCGCCGACGGCUUCAUCCUCCCCCAUAACGAGUCCUGCUACGUCACCGGGUGGGGUCGCGUCUACACCGGAGGCCCCAUCGCUGACAUCCUGCAGCAGGCCUUGCUGCCUGUGGUGGACCAUGCUACCUGCAGCAAAUCCGACUGGUGGGGAUUCCAGGUGAAAGACACCAUGGUCUGUGCAGGUGGAGAUGGAAUUGUGUCCGGCUGCAAUGGUGACUCUGGUGGUCCUCUGAACUGUCAGAACGCCGACGGUACCUGGGAGGUCCAUGGAAUCGUCAGCUUUGGAUCGGGACUCAGCUGUAACAUGAAGAAGAAGCCCACAGUGUUCACUCAAGUCAGCUCCUACAUCACCUGGAUCAACUCCGUAAGCUCCUGCACAUCCCACUGACUUCUAAUACAUCAGAUAGAUCCUUUUACACAUCUCAGAAUCAUGCAAUUUAAUUAAUUUAUUUAUUUAUUUAUUUUUACAGAAAAUGGCGACCUACUGAUGUGGACUAGUGCCAGCAUGCACACAUAGUAAAAAUGUAAAAUAAAGGAGAACAGACAAAAAUAAAAUAACUUUCUUUACCUCA